GCUCGGCUCGCCCCGGCCCCGCGGGCGCUUGCUGCCACCAUGCUGCCCCUCGGCUUCCUGCUGCUCCUCGCCUGCCUCAGCGCCGCCCGGGGAAACCUCUCCCGUGACGUCCUAGGGCUGGAUAUAGCGUGGAUGAUGACACUGCAAGAUUUCUUCCAAGGCUGGCCUGCUUCUGUGACCCAGCACUGGCCAUGAGCUGCCAGGCUUGCCGUUGUCUGUCUGAUGCAGCGAGACAAACAGACCCUCAAAAAACCUUUGGGAGCAGAGGAGACAGAUGGCUGGAAGAUGCUUGAAAAGAAGCUGCUGGCAUGUCUUCACAGUUGCUGCCUUAUCCUUGUGGCUCUCCAGCCAGAGAGCCAGCCCACAACGUCAGAUGAGACUGUGGUGGCCGGUGGUACAGUGGUGCUAAAGUGCCAGGUGGAGGAUCCUGAUGACUCCUCGUUGCAGUGGUCCAACCCUGCCCAGCAGACCCUCUACUUCGGGGAGAAACGAGCCCUGCGCGAUAACAGGAUCCAGCUGGAGAGGUCCACACCCAAUGAACUGACCAUCAGCAUCAGUGAUGUAGUGCUGUCGGAUGAGGGGGAAUACACCUGCUCCAUCUUCACCAUGCCUGUACGGACUGCAAAGGCUCUGGUCACUGUGCUGGGAAUCCCCCAGAAACCCCAAAUCUUCGGCCAUGAGCAGCCCAUUGAUGAGGAGAAGAUAGCCCGGCUGACCUGCCGGUCCUCUGGCAGCAAGCCCGCAGCCCAGCUCCGGUGGAAGAAGGGCAACAAGGAGCUGAAGGAUGAAGGCACCGAGGUGGUGGAGGACCCCAAUGGAAAGACCUUCACAGUGAGCAGUCGGGUGGAGUUCCGUGUCACCAAGGAGGACAAUGAAGCUGAGGUGACUUGCACUGUGGACCAUGAGUCCCUGCAGAACUCUGAGAGGUCGACCACGCAGAAGCUGCAGGUUCACUACAAGCCAACAGCGAAGAUCGAGCCGCAUCCCCAGUACCCACGGGAAGGCGAGAAGCUCCAGCUGCAGUGCGAUGGGCAGGGCAACCCCAUCCCCCGGGAGUUCCUGUGGGAGAAGGAGGGCAGUGACGUGCCCCUGCAGCUGAGCUCCGACAGUGUCCUCAUCUUCCCCUUCCUCAACAAGAGCGACAGUGGCACUUACGUCUGCACAGCCACCAGCUCCAUGGGCAGUGUUGUGGCCAAGUACAACCUCGAUGUUAGCGAUUUUUCCCAGCUCCCCACCCCACAUGUUCACUCCACUCCAGCCCCUCCGCCAGGCCCUUCCCAGUCCAUCUCUCAUGCUUCCAUGGCCACCGCUUCAUCCUUCACUCCAGCUCCCAUCCAAGAUGCCAGCCCGGUGCCCUCGACCUCCAGCACAUACCAUGCGGUGAUUGGCGGGGUGGUUGCUGUUAUUGUCUUCCUACUGCUCAGUCUUCUCAUCGUUUUGGGACACUACCUGAUCAGACACAAAGGUAUGUGCAUAAGACACGGGGAGAUGGUCACAUCCAGACAUCGGCAAAACUCAGCAAAGGUGAUGUGUACCUACCUGACCCACGAGGCCAAGGGGUCAGACGAUGCCCCAGACGCCGACACAGCCAUCAUCAAUGCAGAGGGUGGCCAAGCUGGUGGCGAUGACAAGAAGGAGUAUUUCAUCUAGGGGCAUCGGAGAGAGUGAUAAAUGGAGCUAACAGACCCCAAUGGAAACAGAAACCAGACCACAAACCCCACUCAACCCAACAGAUUUUUCUCGUGCCCAGCACGAGCAGAUGGACGGACAGAGGGAUGGCAGGACAGAGAGCAGAGAGCGACCGGCCUGAGACAUGAUGCUUCUUCUUGAACUUGUACAAAACAUUAUUACUAUGAACAGCAAAAGCCCCGGCCCCGUUUGCUUGCUUGCACCUCCAUCCCUGCAACCGGCGCUCGCGCAAAACACAGACCAACCAGUGAGUGAGCGACUUUCCUUCUUCCUUUGGACCUUUGCUUUGGUUUUGUGGCUGCUCUUUGCUUUGGGCCCUUGGUUGGGAUGUUGGGCUGGGGUUGAUGUAGCUCUUUCCUUUGUUUCUCUCCAUUUUGGUUUCUUUGAUAUCCAAGGAUAAAAUCAGCUCCAGGCUCUGGUGCAAGCUCGGGGCAGCUGGGUGGCCCCUCUGUCAUGAACGCUCGCCCUGUGCCUCCCACUGAGAGCUGGGACCCAUAUUCGUGUUGCUCCCCUCAGCCUUGGCUGCUGUGUGAUGGCCCCAGCUCCAGCUGGGGUGGGGAGUGCAGCUGGUGGGACAGGAGCAGGAUGCCAGUGGGCAGCAUCUCUGCCUCCAAGGUCUUGGCAUGCAGCUGGGGUCGAGCAGGGAGGGACCCCAGGCCCCUGCCCUGAUUUUAUCCUUGGUGGUUCUUGUCGAACAGUGUCCGUUCAGGAGGAGAACUGUCCUCGUACAGUAGAUGUGUGAAGCAGGGGUGAGCUUCCAGGGUGGGAACAACUGAGGCCCCCAGAGAGACUGGGAGCUGCCAAGCACUGCAGCUCCCUGGUCCCACCCCAGCGGGAGGGGGGAGGGCAGAGGUCUGGGGGAAAGUCCAGAGAAAAAGCCCCAACUUUACAAAUUUUCAGAUUGGAAAUGUUGAUUUAAACCAUCUAUUGAGAUGUUCAGUGCAGGAGGCCGCCUGUGUUAGGAGCGCCUGGGAGAACCGGUGGGCCCUGUGGCCAUUGCCACUGCCCUUUUUGCCAGGCUAGCUCUGGGGCCGGUGGAGCCUCUGGAAAGGUGUUUUAGACCUGAGGGUGGCUUCAACCAGAGCUGAUGCAGCUGGUGGCAGCAUGGGAGCUGAGCUGGAGAGAACCUCCCCAGUGCAAGCAGCCCAGAGCGACACAAGGCCUGGGAUUCCUCUGGCCAAGGAGCGGGGCUCCACCGGGGUCUACUGCUGGGAGCUGUCUGUCCCCCUUCCCAGGGCAGGUGUGGGCUUGGAAAAGGCCAUUUCUCCCUUGGCUCCAAGUAUGGGGUCAAGCAGGCCAACAAAUGCCUGCAUUUAGUGUCUCGGUACUUCAGGGGUCACCAAGAAGCUUUGGGGGGGCUUGCCCUACCCCCUACUGUUUCGCUCUUUCUUCCAAGACAAAAACAAGAAGCUUUUCCCAGCUUCCCAAAUAGUCUCCAGGAUCUGCUUGGCCCACCCCAACCACACACCCACAGGGUGUGGUGCAGGGGGCUAUGUGUUUCAGCAUCUGUGGGACACCCCACACCCCCCGCAAGGAGCUGGGCCACAUCUGCCACCCUUGGGAUGAGGUUUUUCAGCUUCCCAGGAUCCCGGCAUCUCUUGGUCUGGACACAAGGGAUUUGCAAGAGCCACCCUUCAUCUGGGCACCCCUUCAAUUUUGGGUUGUCUAGAGGAGGAGAACCUUUUGGGAGGAAGCAGAGCCUUUCGGAAAAGAACAAAAGCCCUUGGUGGCAUGGGUAGGCUCAUUGUGGAGGUAGAGGAAGAGCUUGUGUCCUGUGCCUAUGGGGCUGGUAGAGGCAGUGUCGCUCCUGUUCAGACCCUGCAACCCCAUGGAGGAUGCCCACAGGGAAGCCAUCGCAGAGUGAGCAGGGCUAAAGGGGGCUGGGGUCAAACAGGCAAGGAAGAAGAGGCAUGGCUCGGUGGCAGACACAGGCUGUGAGCGAGCAGUGCGUUUGUGGCAUGUGCACAGAUGUGACUAGGUUCACCAUGGCUAAAUCAGGUGUCAGGAGCAAGCAGGCAACAUGGUGUUAGCGCCUUGAAAGAGCCUUUGUCAUGCAUGGUGAAGAAAACCUGCAGUAUUCUCAAUGUCAUGCUUCCUUUCCCAUCUUUUUGGAGGAGGAUGUUGGCCUGGAGCCCCAACAGUAGGUCUGAGCUUGUUUCAAUGGAUGCAAGCAUUGCUGCUGGAGAUAACACUGCAGAUGUCAGUGCUGUUAACUACUCUGCUGCACACUGAGCGUGUAUGAACGUGUGACCUGAUGCUUUGCUGAAGAUCUUUAACAUCCACUAUCAAAUAGACUUAAUUCCUUCAAAUAAAAGUGCAAGGAUGUCUUCUCACGUACGGUUUAAUCUCGUUGUAAGUCUGCAUUACAAAGAAAGCCCUGACCCAGGGUCUGGGAGGAAAGGGGAUUAACUGGUCCCUAGGGAAAGGCAAGUGGGAGCCGAGGUCAGACAGGGCAGUUUGUGCCCCUUCGAGGCAGCGUGGGCACGGCCGUGGCUGGCUUCUCCCCAGCACUGCUGCUUCAGGGGCUGGUGCAGGUGGUCGCUGCUUGGCCCUGGUGAGAGAAGUCUGGAUUGGGCCUUUUUGAGAUGCUGCAUGCUAUGGGACAUGGCAGGAUGCAGCAUGGGGAGGACCAGGCACAGGCAGGGCAUCAGGGCAAGACCUGUUGCCUGUGGCAGCUGUCAGCAAAGGAUGGGCAAGGUCUCACCCUGGGGGGGCCUAUUGUCCUGCGGCAGCCAUGAUGAGAGGCUGAGUUACGGCCGCAGGUCCCGGAAGCAGUGGGAGCAUGAACGUGAGGCUGCGUCUGUAAGCAAGAACCAAAGGGCUCAUCAAAGGGCAGAUGCAAGGGAGCAGUGGGCCUGCUGCCAUGGGCACAAGGGCCGUGGACCUUUGGAUGCAGCACAGGUGCAUGACAGAUGCACCAUGUCACAUGUGUGAAGAGAGAGGUGCUGUGGGAUGAGCAUGGGGGACACAGCCAUGAGGCUACGAUGGGGCACGUCACAGCAUGGGAAGGGUGCAGUGAUGGUGCACCCGCUGUGCUGCCAGUGGAAGGUGGGAUGGGACACACCGUGUCACGAGCGUGAUGGAGAAACCACUUUGUGAGUUUGAGGCCCUGACGAAUAGGUCACGUCAUGGGUGUGAGGUGGGGUAGGAAAUGACGUUUUGGGAGUCCAGGAGCAUGGUGGGGUAUGCUGUGUGUUGUGCCUUUUGGGGUGGUGAAUACACCAUGCCACGGGUGUGCAGAGGAACAGGUACACAGCCGUGAGCAGGGACAUGGCAGGUGUCAGUCAUGAGCUGCACCAAUGUAGGUGCAUUAGGGCGCUGUGAGGUGGAGGUGACUGGGUACACCGUGGGUGCUGGCUCUGGGCCGUGUCCUGCUGUACGUGUGCACAGCGCUGUGGUACGCGGGGUCAGGCCUGUCAAGAAGGGUGGGGUACCCCACCUCAGUACAAUAGGUGGUGCGGGUUGUGUGAAGGGGUGAGAAGCUCCACCUUGAUGUUCACGGGGGGUGAUAGCCUACACCGUCAGCAACACGGGGAGGCAGCAGGGUACGUGGCAUCCCUGCUGUGGCUGAUGAUGGAUGCGCUGCACUGCAGAGGGAAGAAGCAGUGGGACAGGUGGUGCUGCUGGGGCGGUGACAUGAGGGACAUGCUGUCACAGAGGAGAGGGGCCAGCCACUAGGCUCCUGUCCCUCUCUGCUGGUGCCCAGCAAAGCUGGGCAGUGUCACCAUGUGGCUAGGAGAGGUGAGGCCUUGGUGGCCCCUUUGAGAGCAGGAGGGCAGUCCUUGUUGGCCAGGGAGCUGGAGGUCCCCUGCCCGCAUGUCCACCCUGUGCUACCACAGUCACCUGUGCUGGGCCCGCAGCAUCCAGACUGGGACACAGCCAGGGCCAGCAUGAGGGAGAGCAGGGAGGAUCCAGGACCCUGUGGCCCUCAUUUGCAGCAAGGCUCGUUCACUCCCACUCACCAGCCCCAGCAAGGCUCCGGCCACUUCCCAGCUGGCACUGAACUCUCAAUAGACACGAAAGCCAUAUUUGUAGGGAGCUCUGGAGACGCCAUGGGGCGGCAGCGGGGCAGGGCAGAGGAUGGUCUGUGUUGUUGUGCUGUGUUCUUGUAUGUACAUAAAAGGGAGACAACGAACGUCGAUGUGACUUUAUAACCUUUCUAAUAUCCUGUGCUAAUCUCGGAAAAUAAUCCUAUAAAUAUAUCUGGAUUACACACAUUA